AUGGCCAAGAUGAGCCGCGAGCUCGCUGCUGUCGAGGAAAGCAACUCCCUCAAGGCUGUUUGCAAGGCGGAAGAAAAGUUUAAAGUGGUUGCCGACGCGGCGCGCCGCGCCCUCGCCGCCGCCAGCGACGCCGCUGCGCCGGGAGAGGCGGCCGAGGUGUCUGGACAGGCGGGAGAGGCGGCCGGGGCGUCUGGACAGCAGGGGGAGGGCGGGGGAGAAGACUUUCUGGGGGAGCUGGUGCGGGAGUCGGAGAGCUUCCGGGCGGCGUGCGCGGAGGAGAGCCUGGCGGUGAAGAGCCUGCUGGAGGAAGUGUCGGCGAAGGUGCGGGCGGAGCUGGAGGGGGGCCCCCUGCGGGCGGCGGGGGGCCCCCUGCAGGCGCUGCUGUUCGAAGAGCUGCAGCAGCGGGUGAGGGACAUCGCGGAGGGCGUGGAGGCCGCGGCGAACCAGUCCGCGCGCGCGCUGCAGGCGCUGCGGGACGCGCGGGGGCCCCCCGAGGCCCUGCGCGCCUUCAGGGCCCAGGGCGCGGCCAUGCUGGAGCUGCUGCGCAAGAAGGAGCAGCUGCGGGCCCUCAUGCUCGACGGCGUCUUCCUCGAGGCCGCGCUGCGCGAGGCCGCGCUGCUGCAGGCCUCCGUGGACUUCGCCUUCGUCUUCGGGCCCUGCAGGGGCCCCCAGCUCCGCAGGCGCCUCUUCGCGGACAUCCGCCGUUUCCGCGACCCCGCCACUGUCAUGGCCUGCGUCUCCACCAUGCGUUCCGCCGCGCGUUCCAUCCACGAGCGCGCCACCCUCGACAUCCAGCGGCGUCUCCGCCGCGCGCGCCCGCCGCCCGGGCCCCCGCCCGGGCCCCCGCCCGCCCCGGGGGCCCCGGGGGCCCCGGGGGCCCCGGGGGCCCCGGGGGGCCAAGGGGGGCCCCGGGGGGCCAAGGGGGGCCCCGGGGGGCCAAGGGCGGCCAAGGGCGGCCAAGGGCGGCCAAGGGGGGCCAAGGGGGCCCCGGUUUUGGCCGC